CUCUCUCUCUCUCUCUCUCUCUCUCUCUCUUUCUCCGAACUCCUUUGCGCUCUGUCUUCUGCAGCUCAUAUUCCAAGAACCAGAUUGCUUUGUUAUGGUAGGGAUGGGUAUAGUUAUAGGGAAGAUGAUGUGGUUCAUGGCCAUGGCCAUGACCAUGGUGGGAUGCCAUGGAUCGAAUGACAAGCUGCUGAAUGCGUCCUUCCUUGAGAUGUUCGUCGAUGACCUCCCGGACAUGCCGAAGCUCCAUGCUUAUGCCCUCAGAGAUGGAACCCCAUCCCCCAUUCAUCUCACCAUCGGCAUGUAUGAAACCAAGUGGAAAUUUCACAGGGACCUCUCUCCGACCCCUGUCUUCGCCUUCGGCACAUCUAAGGGGAAGGCAACCGUGCCGGGUCCCACCAUCGAAGCCCUCGUCGACAUCCCAGCAUACAUCACCUGGGAGAACCACCUACCCGCCCACCACAUCCUUUCCUGGGACCCCACCAUCCCCAUUGCCCUCCCUGCCAGCGGCUCCGGUGUCCCCACUGUGGUGCACCUCCAUGGUGGCAUACACCACCCUCAGAGUGACGGCAACUCGAAUUCGUGGUUCACAGCCGGUUUUCGAGAUACCGGACCUGCUUGGACCAACAAGACCUAUGUCUAUGCUAACAACCAACAACCGGGCAAUCUCUGGUACCAUGAUCAUGCCCUGGGUCUCACACGUGUGAACCUCCUGGCCGGCCUUCUGGGCGCCUACAUCCUCCGCCAUCCCUCUUCGGAGGUGGCCUUCCGCCUCCCUUCUGCUCCCUUCUUCGACCGUCCUCUCGUCAUCUUCGACCGUAGCUUCACAAUCGACGGCUCCAUAUUCCUCAAUUCCACCGGCAACAACCCCUCCAUUCAUCCCCAAUGGCAACCAGAGUACUUCGGCUCCGCCAUCCUCGUUAACGGAAAGGCCUGGCCAUAUGCUAGUGUCGAAAAACGCCGAUACCGAUUCAGGAUCAUCAAUGCCUGCAAUGCUCGUUUCCUGCAUUUAUAUUUUGUAGAUGGCAAGUCUCGCAGCGGUCGCCGCCUGCAAUUCGUCCAUCUGGGUUCGGACUCUGCAUACAUAGGCAGGCCUGUGAGGUCCAAACAUGUGCUGAUCGCCCCUUCCGAAAUAGCUGACGUAGUCGUCGAUUUCUCCGAAUCACGCUCCGAUUCUGUGAUCCUUGCCAACGAUGCUCCGUAUCCAUUCCCGACUGGUGAUCGGACAGACGCCCUGAGCGGGACCGUGAUGAAAUUCUCGAUUCGGCAGAGGACGUCUGUAGACCAGUCGAGGAUUCCGUCACAACUUAUGAAUUAUCCGGCAGCCGAUCCACUUGUCGCCACCACAGUGCGCCACUUGGCAAUGUAUGAGUACACUACCAGCACUGACGAGCCCACACACCUUUACAUAAACGCCAUGCCCUAUGAGGCGCCUGUGACAGAGACACCGAGAGCGGGGACGUCUGAGAUUUGGGAGUUUAUUAAUCUAACGGGCGAUAAUCAUCCGUUGCAUAUACACCUGGGCUUGAUAACGGCGUUAGAGCAGAGGGAAUUGGUUGACCUGGAUAAUCUAACGGCAUGCAUGAAUAAGUGGAACGAUUUUGACAAGUGCCACGUAAGUGAUCAUGCACGUGGAAAAUUGCAGAAGGUGCCACGUCAUGAGAGGGGCUGGAAGAACGUAUUCAAGAUGAGGCCGGGUUAUCUGACGAGGAUCUUCGUCCGAUUCUCUCUCAUCCACGUGGAUCAAAAAUAUCCGUUCGAUGCGACUGAAGAGCCUGGUUACGUAUACCAUUGCCACAUUUUGGACCAUGAAGAUAAUGUGAUGAUGAGGCCACUAAAGCUUGUUCCAUGAACUGGGUCGCCACCUUCAAUUUUGAAUGCAUAUUUGAAGAAAGUGGUCUAUACGUGGCUCAAUGCUGUUCUUGUUGGGCUCUAACUAAGCUGGCAAUGAGCAACAAUCACGCCUCUAUUUGUAGUUUUUUUGAUAAAAUAUUUUCGCACGGUUGUCCACUCCACUUUUAAACUCGCAUAUCCAAAAAACAUGUAAAAAAAAAA